AUCAAGUUUAUUUUAAAUAUGGGUUUAUGUUCACAAAUGCUAAUGACAGAACACACCCUAAGUGAAUCUUGUGCAUUGGUAGUAUUAGCUGAUAGUAUGAGGCUAAUAAUUUCAUAAGACACUAAAAAUUUAGCUUUUAUUGACAAGAACAAAUCUAUCUUAACACUAUUAGCCAAAUUUUCAGUAAAAACCUAUGCAUAUGGUAAAUUUGAAAAAUAAAUACAAUUUAUAAAGUAAACACAGUCAAUAAUAUGCCCUUUCCACAUGAUGUUGUAUAUCAAUCAGCAAGCAUUUAUCAAGGACCAUCUAUCCACCAAGGACAAUGUUGUGAAUGCUGAAGAUAUUAAAACAAAAGCACAAUCCCUGUUUUCAAAGGGCUUACAAUCCACUAGGAGGAGAGGGGAAGACAAUAAACACAUGCAUAAGGUGGUGCAGCAGCUAUGUCCAAGAGGUGGAAGGGAAGAGGUAGUGCAUUCGGGGAAUGGGAGAUGAUCAGUACAAAAGCAGGUAGACUUUUGUUUCAGGGGAAGGAUAGAGGGGCAUCCAUUUUUGCUGGAAUAAUAGAGGAAUAAUGUAUAGUGAUGCUAGAAAUAUUGGUUGGGGGUAUUGUUAAGCUAGAUUUUAUAUUUGAUCCCAGAGGUAACAGGGUUCCACUUGAGUUUGGCCAAAUCUAUGUUGAAGAAAAAUCACUUUGGCAGAGUAGAGGAUGGACUAAGGAGAGGACACAGGUAGAUGAUACCCUGAUGCUAAAUAUUAUCAGUUUCCCUCAUUAUUGGCACUAUUUCCACAGAGCUAAGGUGAUCUCUAUGUAGAAGCAAUUGCAUGAGAUUGUUUUCCCCAAUAGAACUUUGGACAAACAAGAAUUAGGAAACUAUUACAAUAAUUUCUGGAAAAGGUAAUAAAAGACCAAAGGAAGAGAGUACUUUGUAAGCAGAGAGAUGGGAGAGGGAUAGGAAAGAUGUGGAAAUAGAAAGGAUGAGAUUUUAUAACUCAUCAAAUGAGGGAAAGUAAGGAGUCCAGGGUAAGUAAGGAUAGUAAGGAAGAAUGUGGUAGUGCCUCUGAAAAACUGAUUUUGAAGAAGGAUGAUUAUUGAAAUAUAUUGAAAUAUAAAUUCUGGCCAGGUUGCAGGUUUCUGGGUUGUAUCAGAUUAAUAAACCAAGAUUCCAAAAAUAGAAGCAAUCACCUUGUUUUCAGUAGAAUGAUAGAUAAGUGAAUAUAAUUCAUAUUUUCUACACACACACAAAGUACUCAAACAUUUUCUACUGAUGGUGGUGGGUAACCAGUGAAAGAAUUCUUUAAUCUAUUGUCUAUCCAGAGUUAAUACUAACUUAAGUACCUCACUAGAUAGUGAAGACAGGAUUAACUCUCCUUUGUCUUCCUUUUGAUUGAAUCAACAUAAGCUUGAACUAGGUGGAGGACUCGAAAUCCACUUAGUGAAUUCACUCCCUACUUAGUGCUAGGUGAGAAGCCAGCAAGAUACUUGGAGAGCUCUACUCUUAUCUAACUCAGUCAGAAAUUUGUGAAUUCUUUUAAGAGUUCACCCCCUCAGAAACUGUGAACCCUUUUGAUGAGUAUUCACCCCUCCAGAAGGUGGGAAUUGGUUCCCACAAACACUGGCCCUUGGGCAGUGCUAGACAAUUUGGAAGCUGUGGUUGGCCCCUUUGAAGGGGGGAGGGGAGGAGUCAAGAAAUCACUAUAAAAGGCCCUGAAUUUCUGAGGCUAAAAAGACUAUAAGAAGGAAGUUGGAUUCAAGAAGGAAUUGGACUUCAAGAAGGAAAAAAGUUGGCUUCAGGAGUCACCUUCAGCUCCAGUCAUCAUCCUGACCUGCCUCUUGGAGGGAACUUGGGUGAGUGAAGAGCUGGCUUUCCCUCCCUGGGAAAGUUUAAUUCCUCUGGAGAGUUUAAUUCCAGUUGAAAGUCAACAAGUCCUGGCUAAGUAGGUUAAUGUCUUCUCUACCCUUUUGUAUUUCUCUACCUUUACUCUUUCCACCUCUUUUGUAAAUAAAAGCUAUUAAAGGUCACUUUGAGCAACAAUACUUGGUGAAUUAUAUAUUUUAGUCAAACCCUUUAACCCUUACAAACCAAAAACAUUUAGACUAUCCCUUCUAUAUGGGGCUGACAGGGGGAAAAGGUAAUAGGAUGAAGGGACUGUAAGAUUAUGUGAAAGUUGUUUUUUUUUAAACUCUGACCUUCCACCUUAAGAAUCAAUAUUGUGUAUUGGUUGCAAGAUAAAAAGAGCAAAAUAAAAGACACCUAAGGUCACACAGGUAGGAAGUAUCUGAAAUCAUAUUUGAAUUCAGGACCUCUAAUCUCUAGGCCUGGCUCUUAAUCUACUGAGCCACCCAGCUGCCCUCUGAAGGUUUUUUAAGAAGGGAGACCUGAACAUAUUGGCAGGUAGGGGUAGUAUUGGGUAGAUCCUUAACAUGGUGUAUUUCUAGCUAGAUAUGUUCUAUAAUUCUACAUUUGAUUUGGGUGCUUAUGGCAUUUUAUCUACAUUCAAGCAAGCAAGCACACAUACAUUAAGUGUUUACUGUGUAUUGGGCAAAUCCUUUAAACUCUUUAGACCAUUUCCUCAUCUAUAAAAUAAGACUGGACUAGAUCAGUGAUAUUGAACUAAAAUUAAAACAGGCCCAUUAAGGUUAUGUAUUUACUUGGAAAACCUCAAAUUAGCACUAUUUAUGUUGUUGUGUUUUUAUAUAUUUUGUUAUAAAUUUCCCAAUUACAUUCUGACCUGGUUUGCAGACAGCUCUCAAGUUCAACACUUCUGAGGUGGAUGAUCUCCUAACUCUAAAUCCUGAUGCUCAAUAUUAUUAGUUUCCCUCCAUUAAUGGCACUAUUUUCACAGGGAUUAUGUGGUGUCUCUAUAUAUAAGCAAUUGCAUAAGCCUUUUUUCCCUAUAGCACUUUGGUCAAACUAGAAUGAUCUGUCCCUCAAAUUUUCUGGGUUCCUACCCUUUUCCAGAAUCUAUAAUGUUCUUCCUUCUCAAUCCUCAUUUUCCUUGAGCUCUCUCUCGGGAUAGCAUUUUCUGGUUCUCCAUCAACCUGAAUAGUGUUCUGAGUCUCCUUUGCUGGAACCCCCUCCAGAUCAUGCCUCCUAACAAUAGAUAUCCCCCAAAGUUCUGUCCUGGGCCCUCUUCUCUUCUUCCUCUACACUUCACUGAGUGAUCUCAUUAAUUCCUAUGAAUUUAAUUACCAUCCCUGUGCUAAUAAUUCUCAAAUCUAGCUAUCCUGCCUCAAACUUUCUGCUGACCUCCAAUCUUGCAUUUUAACUGCUUUUCAAAUACCUUGAACAAGAUGUCCAGUAGAUAUUUAAAUUCAAUGUCAAAAACAGGACACACACACCCCCCAUCCCCAAAUCUCAGCACAAAGCCUAGCACAAUGAUGGCAAAUUUAAGGCAUAGGUGCCAAAGAUGGUACAAAGAGCACUAUCUGUGGGUACUGGGCUGAUCCCCUCCUCCUUUCCAUAGGCAUUUUUUCGCACCCCCAACCCUCUGACCAGCAAUCCAAUGGCAAAGAACAGGGGGUAAGGAGGACAGCUCACAGGCAGCAGAGCUGGAGGGGAGCAGAGUGCUGGGGGGGAGGGGGUCUUCUCCCUGACCCCUCUCUACACUUGAUCCUCUGGCCAAACCUGUGGGGAGGGCCUGGCACUGUCUCUAAAUGGUUCACCAUCACUAGCCUAGCCCACUGUAGGUGCUUAAUGUUACUGACUGAACUCCCUUCCCCAUAACCAGAUGAAUUCUUAUGUAACCUUUAAAGUCUAAUUCAAAUAUUGCUUCCUCUAAAAUAUCUUGAAUAAUAGUUUGCCCAUCUCUCCUCCUACUUUAUAUAGUACUUCUUGAGGGGCAACUUUUUGUUUUGUUUUUAUUAAGAAUAUUUUUCCAUGGCUACAUGAUUCAUGUUCUUUCCCUUCCCUCUUAUCUCCCCCCUCCCUGAGCUGACAAACAAUUCAACUGGGUUAUACAUGUAUCAUUGUUCAAAACCUUCUUCCAUAUUAUUCAUAUUUGCAAUAGUGAUUAUUUAAAGUCAAAAUCCCCAAUCAUCCCCAUUAAACCAUGUGAUCAAUCAUGUUUUUCUUCUGCAUUUCUAUUCCCAGUUCUUUCUUAUGAGGGACAACUUUUUAAUGAAUUCAUUUCCUCCAGGUGCAUAGUACUCUGCACAUACCUAUAAAUAACAUAAAUUAUAAUUUACUAGUGUCCCAUUUCCUUAUUUUCAGGCCACUUGAAAUUAAGAGAGUUAUCCUGCACUAGAGUACAACCUCCAUAAGAAUAGGGACUGGCAUAUCUAAACUUGGUGUCUAUCUUUUCUAGAACCUAACAGAUUGUAUUUUCCUAUUUCUCACUUCAACAUUCAGCUUCUAAUCAAUUGCCUAUAGUGCUAUCAAUUGCCAUCUACUUUGGUCACUGAGGAUCAAUCACCAAUUAUGCCAAAUAGAAUGAAUUCUAUUACUCAUCUACUUUUCCAAGUCUUCUGCUCCAUUCAAGCCAAUCUCCUUCCUCCCACAGACCAUGGAAGCUCAUCUCCAUCUUUUAAGGCUGCUUGCCUCACUUUCAAAACAUUUACAAAGCCUUUUAUGUUCUUAGGUUAAAAAGUGGCUAGGAAAUUGAGACCCAAGAAGGUGGAAAUCAGAAUUCCAAAAAGAUCCUGACAAGCUAUACAAAUGUGCUGAAUCUAAUAAAACCUUAAUGGAUAAGUAUAAAAUCCCACAAGAAGAUUAAAAAGGUAACUGUACAAAUUAAAAGGAUGGAAAACCAUCAAAUUCAUGUUAAGUCAUGGAGGUUUUAGAAAACUACAAGCUUGUCAUGAAUCAAUUGUGACAUGGUAGCCAAAUAAUAUCCUCUAGCCUGUAUCAACAGAAACAUAGGAUGUUCUAAUUUUACAGUCCUAUUAUCGGAGGGGCAUUGACAAAAUCUUCAGAAGAGAUUGAAAAUUAGUACAAGAACUAAAAGGCUCUCAGUAGGUAUUUAUUAUGCCUCUACUAUCUUGAUAGUUUGAGAUGUUCAAUUCUUUCAGAAACUCAUGCCCCAGACAUUCUAUCCUCUACCACUAUACAAGAGGGUGAUAAAUAGCCAUGAUGUACCCACAUUUUCAGAACCCCCACUGUUCUCCCUCCUCCAACUUCUCCAAGUUCCAUCAUUUCUAUAUAUGCUUCCAAACCACUGCAAGUCACAAUGAUUACCUCCUUGUUUUAAUUCUUACAACACUGAAGGUCUUUUUCACAGAACCUAGGCCUUGAUUAUAUGGUCUUACAUGUUCUCUAAUUGCUUCCUAGGCUAGUAUUAUCUUCCCAAUAAAGUUGUAAACCGUUCCAUUCAAUUCAGCUCAACAAUUAUCUGAGUCCCAGUGAUGGGUAGGAUCUUGGGUGGCAUCUGGAGCUACAAAGAGGAGUAAAACCCCAUCCUUGCUUUCCAAGAGCUGAUAUUCCAAUAAGAGGUUCUCAGUCCAAUGAGCUCUGGUUUCUUACAGAACAUAGGCUACAGAGGCUGAAGUACAAACAUUAACCUGGUUUGCAUACAAAAAUGAAGUUCUGGUCUAUCCUCUUAAGUAGAUUCUAUUUCCCAAUCUUUUUAAAGCCAGUUUCUCUUUGUACAGGUAAUUUAAUUUUUUUUUGUUUGUUUCCCCUUUGAGAUAAGGUAAGCCUCUCAUUUUCUCUCUCCUCUCAUUUAAGAAAGUGGCUUUUUCCCUACUGAGGAAUGCAAUCUGAGGGCUAACAAACCAGGUCAUUCCCAGAAUAACUUAUCUCUUGACAUAGUCAGCAGUUAUUAAUACUUAAAGGCUUGUGGCCUACUCAAAGGCAUUGCAAAGUUAUAUUCCUCUAAAUAUCUGGGCACCUCUCACCAUAUAUAAAUCCAAAAUGUUAUGUUAUUCAAAACUGUCACCUCCUCGGAUCUGAGAUUCUUUCUCAUUUAACCACAAAGGCAUUACUUUUUAUUGCUCACAUUUCUACAUUGCCCUCUUCCUUCAUCUAGCCUGUUUUUUUUAAACCAGUCCCCUUUUAGCUUAAUUUCCCAGGAUCCCUAGCACUUUCAACCCCUGCAGGAUUCUGUUUAGGAAACACUGCUAUAAAAACCAUAAAACUGAUCAUUUUGGGGGCAACUGGGUGGCUCAAUGGAUUGAGAGCUAGGCCUUAGAGAUGGGAGGUUCUAGGUUCAAAUCUGGCCUCAGACACAAUCACACAUCCUAAAUGUGAGACCCUGGACAAGCCAAUUAACCCCCAAUGCCUAGCUGUUACAGCAUUUCUGCCGUAGAACCAAAACAUAGUACUGAUUCUAAAAUGGAAGGUAUAGGUUUAAAAAAAUAGAUUAUUUUGUUUGAAUGAAAAAUUAAUGCUAUUUAACCUAAACUAAGCAAAUAAACUUUCAAAUGAAGCUUAUUAAAAACCUCUUUUUUUAAGUUAAAUUGAAAAUAUUAAGAAAUAAGAAUUUCUUUAAAGACCCAGAAAAUGCCAAGAGAACCACUAUGGACUAGUUAAGUGAUUGGACUAUGACCUACCCAGGAGUACUCCCUGCAUUUUUAUGUAGAAAAGAUUAAGAUAUUCAUCUCAAAGUGGAGACCCUUUCAAUCUUUGAAGGGAAAGGUCAAGGAAGCCUUUGACAAGUUCUGCUGAAGAUUAAAUAACACCAUUAGUGAUUCACAGCUUGAUAUACUUGACUAUGGGAAACUUGUUAAAGACUUUCUGUUAUCACCCCUAGCUCAUUCACAAGGCCUCUUAAAAACAACCCUUACCUUCGGUCUUAGAAUUGAUACAAGUAUUGGUUCCAAGGAAAAGUGAUAAGGGCUUUGGAAUUGGGAUUAAAUAACUUGUCCAGGGUCAGAUUAUCUAGGAUGAGUUGAAGGUCAAAUAUGAACCCCAGACCUCCCAUCUCCAGGGUUGGCCCUCUAUCUGCUGCACAAGGCCUCUUUGACAACUGUUUCCUUCUCUGUAAAAUGAAGACAAAAAAGAUGUAACCUACCUCACAAAGCAGUUGUAAGGAGAGGGCUUGUAGGCCUAAAAAACUCUAUAGAAAUUAAGAAUUCACUUUCUCAGACCUUUGCUUCCUCCUGUGAAUUCUCAUAGUCCACUUAAGACUCCUUAAAAACACCAACCAUCCUGUGAUGUAGUCAGGUCAAGUAUUCUAGUUUUUUGUUGUUUUUUUGACAAAACAGCAAACUUAGGCUCAGUAAGUGGCUCUUGGGGUAGCUCCUGCUCUUUCACCACAGAACGGGGCUAGAACGGGGCUAACUUUAAGGUCAGGACUUGAAACAUCGGAAACUGACUGGAAACGACAUUAAGACCUAAGUCUUACCAAGGGACCGUCCCAUCUGUCUCGCAACUGAAAUUUUGCCCAGGUGUAGUACCCCCAGUACUUAGAGGUUCGCACCUAGAAAGCGCUUAAUAAAAUGCUGUAUGUAUUCAAUCUUUCAUUAGCCUACAUCGAGGGGAGCAGGAGGAUCAAACAAAGUAACCUAGGUAAUGAAUGCCCUAUGCAAAUUUUAACCUACUUUUGUUAAAAUUACUCCACAUCUCACCCGGGGCCAGGAGGUAGGGGGCCAAUCCCGCUUUUAGAGCUGCUACCUGGUUCUGCCCCAGAAAACACUGCCCAAGACGCUGCCCCGAUCCCGCCGGGCCCCCGAGGCCUCUUCCGAAUCGCUCCACCCCCUCCCCCGCGGGUGUCUCCUCGUGAGGGUCACCCACCGCUCGUCUCCACAGGCAGGUGGUCCCGGGCCCGGGGCUCGCGCUCCGACGAAGGCGGAGAUGGGCCUGCGGAGAGGGAGCGGCCUCAGCUCCGGCAGGCUUGCCUCGGGCCAGUGCCCCCUGGGAACUCCGGGGAGCGGCCAGCCCCGACUUUCCGCUUCGCGCCGCGUUCAGCUCGGCCCGACGCUGUCUUCGCAAGAGCGCAGACCCCGAGGGCUCGGCCCCCAGGAGGCGGAGAAGCCGCUAACGGCAAGUCCACGGGGAAAAUGGCGGCCGCCGCAGCUUCUCCCUUCCCCGCUAAGUUCAAGUGCCAGGCUCUCUCCCUCGCUACAAAAUGGCGCCUCCCGCUGAGGCCCCAGAACCGGCAUAAUUCACACACCAGAGAGGUGUAGUCCGACGGGAACAGACGGCUCGCCCAACCAGUUAGCUUGUGGGAUUUGUAUUCCGCCCCUUGGUCAGCCACUCAGCGGCAAGCACCCAAGCCUGGAAGUGUCUACGUCACGGGGAAGGACGCAGAAGAGUCCGCCUUCUUCCCGGUUCUGGGGGUUUUGGCCAAUGGCAGGCACGAGUGGCUCCAUGAAUGACGGGGCGAUGGCCCAAUGGAGUCCGGGGGCGGGCCUCGGGGGCUCUAUGCGUGUUGCGGGGCCCUGGGGCCGGGGCGGCUGUUUCCUGUCCUGGUGCAUGGUGGUCGGACGAAGGAAUUGUUGGAAAAUUUUCUCGGAGGUAAACCAUGUUAUUAGCCCAGAUAAAUCGAGAUUCUCAGGGAAUGACUGAGUUUCCUGGAGGAGGAAUGGAGGCUCAGCAUGUCACUCUUUGCCUAACAGAAGCAGUAACUGUGGCAGAUGGCGACAAUCUGGAAAACAUGGAAGGUGUCAGCUUACAAGCAGUUACCCUUGCAGAUGGCUCCACUGCAUACAUACAACACAAUUCCAAAGAUGGAAAACUCAUGGAUGGCCAGGUCAUUCAACUAGAAGAUGGUUCUGCUGCCUAUGUCCAACAUCUUCCCAUACCUAAGAGUACAGGAGACAGUUUGCGUCUAGAAGAUGGACAGGCAGUUCAGCUGGAAGAUGGAACCACAGCUUUUAUUCAUCACGCCUCCAAAGAUAGUUAUGACCAGAGCGCACUACAGGCCGUCCAGUUGGAAGAUGGCACCACUGCCUACAUUCAUCACACCGUACAAGUUCCCCAGUCUGACACCAUCUUGGCUAUUCAGUCGGAUGGCACCGUGGCAGGCCUGCACACAGGGGAUGCCACCAUUGAUCCUGAUACCAUAAGUGCUUUGGAACAGUAUGCAGCAAAGGAUCUCUGCCCCCAUGACCUUAUGACUAUGAAGAAUCUCAAUUUUGUAGCUCCCCAGAAUACAGUGUUCUGCAAAUCUGAGGUGUCUAUAGAUGGAAGUGACAGUGUAACUGGUGCUGGCAUAAUAGGUGAAAAUGAGCAGGAAAAGAAAAUGCAGAUUGUCUUACAUGGACACGGGACAAGAGUCACUGCUAAGUCACAGCAGAGCGGAGAGAAGGCCUUUCGGUGUGAUUAUGAUGGAUGCGGGAAACUCUACACAACGGCUCAUCAUCUCAAGGUCCAUGAAAGGUCACACACCGGAGACCGGCCAUACCAGUGUGAGCAUGCUGGCUGUGGGAAGGCCUUCGCCACAGGUUAUGGAUUAAAAAGUCACGUCAGAACCCACACAGGAGAAAAGCCAUAUCGGUGUCAGGAAGACAAUUGUACAAAGUCUUUUAAAACAUCAGGUGACCUACAGAAGCACAUUCGAACUCAUACAGGUGAACGGCCCUUUAAGUGUCCCUUUGAAGGCUGCGGCAGGUCCUUUACUACAUCAAACAUCAGAAAAGUUCACAUUAGAACACAUACGGGAGAAAGACCCUAUUACUGUACAGAGCCAGGAUGUGGGAGGGCAUUCGCCAGUGCAACAAAUUAUAAGAAUCAUGUGAGGAUACACACAGGGGAGAAGCCAUAUGUUUGUACAGUCCCUGGGUGUGAUAAAAGAUUCACAGAAUAUUCCAGUUUGUACAAACACCAUGUUGUCCACACUCAUUCCAAACCAUACAACUGCAAUCAUUGUGGAAAAACAUAUAAGCAGAUCUCCACCCUAGCAAUGCACAAGCGAACCGCCCACAACGACACAGAGCCAAUUGAAGAAGAGCAAGAAGCCUUCUUCGAGCCUCCACCAGGUCAAGGUGAAGACGUCCUCAAAGGUCCACAAAUAACAUAUGUUACAGGCGUAGAAGGAGAGGAUGUUGUAUCUGCACAAGUAGCUACAGUAACUCAGUCUGGAUUGAGCCAGCAAGUAACACUUAUAUCCCAGGAUGGAACCCAACAUGUCAACAUAUCUCAGGCCGACAUGCAAGCCAUUGGCAAUACCAUCACGAUGGUAACGCAAGAUGGCACCCCCAUCACCGUCCCCGCUCAUGAUGCGGUCAUCUCUUCGGCAGGAACGCACUCUGUAGCCAUGGUGACUGCCGAGGGCACUGAGGGACAGCAGGUUGCAAUCGUGGCCCAGGACUUGGCAGCAUUCCACACAGCCUCCUCAGAAAUGGCGCAUCAGGCCCACGGGCAUCAUUUGGUGACAACAGAAGCUCGGCCACUGACGUUAGUGGCCACAUCCAACGGGACGCAAAUUGCAGUGCAGCUUGGAGAACAGCAAUCUUUGGAAGAAGCCAUCAGAAUAGCCUCCAGAAUCCAGCAAGGAGAGACUCCAGGCUUGGAUGAUUAACCCAGGCCUCGGAACCAUCCACUUGGAAAGUGUUUUAUUUUCAGACAACAGAGACCCCUGCAGCCAGAAUCCAAGACCACUUGGAAGUUUUCCAUUCCCUGAUACUGUGCACACAUUUUUUUACGCACAAGUGGACAACGUGUUACACUUGACACUUGAAACAGAUGGGUUGGACUCGGUGACCACCAAGGUCCCUUCCAACUCUGCAAAUCGGCAACUCUAGAUUUCCAGCCUGACCCUUUCCAUAUGCAGAAAUAUGAAAUUAGGGCUAGAUCGUAGAUUUUCCUGUUGUUACUCUUUCAUCAAAUCUCAGACUACUGAAGUCUACCUGCAUGGCCAGUGCAGCUGUAGAGUUCUGCCCCAGGAUGAAUUUUUAACUUUAUGUACACGAUCAAGGCAGUUCAGACAUUUUCAGAUGUCUGAAAGGUCCUUACAAUCAUAAUUCCAGAAGCCAUUUCAAAUGACAAAGGAUGCAAAGCCUUUAAGUGUGUUCCUCAAUGAGUAGAAACCCUGCAAUUUUGGUUCUACAUUUCUCCAUUUUGAUUUAUGUCCCAAAUAGCUGGAUGACUGUUGUCUUCCCUGUUCCUGUUAUAAAUACAGCCUGUUCAGCUAAUUCCAUUAGCUUUACAUUGGAUUAUGUAAAAACCAAAAAGCUUCGGUGGUUCAGAAUUAAAAGGUUAAAUCCAAUGCUUUGUUUCCUUAAAGGUUUUACCGUAUGAGUUUGUUCUUGGUUUUGUUUUGUUUUAACAAUUCCAAUUAUGAUCAAGAAAAAUGUGCCCACAGUGUCCAGGGAAGAAGGUAGGGCCAUGAUCUGAAGUGAAUUGACUCUGGGAUGAGUUCAAUGUAACCUAUUUAUUUUUGUUUAACGUGUUAUAUCCUUGUUCCAAAGUUUAUUUAUCCUGUAGCUCAUUUUUAAUUGAAUCUCGUAGUUCAAUAAAUGAUAAUUUACUUUUAUUAAA